AUGACGAGUACUGAGAUGGUUGGCCUCGAGUUCUGGGGCUGGUGGCUGGGACGGUGCAACACCAAAAAUCGUGUGCCCACGCGUCGGGGCAGCCAGUCCUAUUGGAAUUCCAAGCCAAAAAUCAGCACAACAACGUCGUUUCCACAAGUGAAGCUAUUCCCAGACGCCAGGCCGCACCUUACCAGUACCCAGAAGGAGUGUGUGAACGGCUCACUCUCUCUAGGGCGUUCUGUGGCCGAGAUCGCCGAGAUCUUAGGCAUUGACGAGCGACGUGUCUACCGCUACCAGCGCACUUUCCGGAUUCAUAGCCACGCUUUCCCACCGACUAAAAUGAGGCAAAACUGCCGAAAGAUCACGGAAUAUAUUAUGGAGCGGUCUUGGCCUAGUUGCUUGGGAAACAGUUGUUUGUCGGGAGUAUUCUGCAGCCAGAUCGAGAUCGACUUCGCUACUAUCAACGCCCGAGAGAUCGAUUAUAGGAGUGCCCGCCGGCAUUUGAACCGGAGUUUGAGGUGGCUCCUGAACCCGGCUACGGCUGCGCAAACGGGCACGGGCAUGGCUACGGCCACGGCUGAAACCGCUUUUUUGGCUACCGGCUACUGA